AUGAGGAUCCGGAAACGACAAGUGCCUCUUCCUCUUUCGUCUCUAUUACCUGUUCCUCUUUCAGAUCUCUACUUUAACCGCUCACCGACGGCCACCGCUCGAUACUUUUGCGGCGAGGAUAGAGAAGGAGGUUUUGCUUCUCUUCAGCUUCCGCUUCCGCUACCGUCGCCGAUUCCUCAUCGGUUCAAGAAGGAGGAGGAUGAGAAGGCUUUGGAUGAUGAUGAUAAUGGUGAUGCUGAUGUAGACGUGAAGAAUGGUACUGAUGCAUCGGGCAGCAAGAACGUUAAUCCCGAAGGAGAAUCCGACUCUUCGACACAAGUUGCCGAGAAGAAUGAAAAGGGUGUUACUUUGAGGAAGAGAAGAAGCGUUAUAAGCUUCGAGGAACAAGAAGAAGAGGAGGAAGACGAAGCUCGUGGCGGUAGAGGCGGUAAAAAAGGGAAGAAGAAGGCGAAAAAGAGCGGUGCGUUAGAGGAAGGAUCACGGUGCAGCCGCGUUAACGGUAGAGGGUGGAGAUGUUGUCAGCAAACGCUUGUUGGGUACUCCCUUUGUGAGCACCAUCUCGGUAAAGGAAGGGUACGGAGCAUGAAGAAGAGUGCUGGCGGUCGUGGCGGCGGCCGAGGCGGCGAGAAGAAGGCGGUGGUGGUGGAGGUGAAGAAGAAGAGAGUGAAGCUUGGGAUGGUAAAGGCGCGUUCGAUAAGUAGUUUGCUUGGACAAACCAGCACAAGCAGUGAUAAUGCCGAUGUUGUUGUUGCUACUGAGAGCGAGAUAAGUGCACCUGCUGAUCAGUUUGUUGCAUAUGAUAAAUUGAUCGACGACUUAAUUGGUGUUUGUGCUUGA